AUGGCUGAAUCUGCAAGGAAAGAGCACAUGUUGUCCAUGCCAGACUGGUCACAUCUCCCGGAAGAGCUUCUACACAUCAUCUCCAAGAAUCUAGAGAACUGUUUCGAUGUUGUUCACGCUAGGUCUGUUUGCCGCUCAUGGCGAUCCAACUUUCCCUUUCCCGCUUGCCUAUCACGCCAAAGUUAUUCUCUUCCAACGUUCCUCACAUACUAUCCCAAAGAAGACGGAGACUUGUGCACCCUUGAGAAGAUUCCUUUGUUCGUAUUUACAGUACAUAACCCUACUUCAUCCGUUUCUGAGUAUCUGUUGGGAGGGAUAGUUGGAGAUGAGCCUGGAGAUGAUGAAGAGCUUCCGUCUCGUCUCCAAUCUUCAGUGAAUCUGAAGAUGCCAUAUACAAACUUGAUCAACGUGCUGGAUUGCCAUAUCCUCUCUCUGGGACAUCAGUACAGGAUCAAACACAUCAGCACUCGUCGAGAUUUCCAAGGGCCGACUGUUUACGGAGGUGUGGCUUUUAUUCAACUAAACAAGGAGGGAGGCGGAGACUUCAUGGUGCUCUUAAAUGACGUUAAUGGUUUGAUGUUGUUAACAAGUGCCGAAAUGAGGUGGAAACGUCUUAAGAACGUCCCAAGUGGUACAUGCAUGGAUAUAGUCAGUUUUAGAGGCAAGUUUUAUGCAACAUUUCUUUUAAGGGAAACGUUCGUUAUCGAUCCUUAUACGAUGGACGUGACUACACUGAUGCCCUUACAAGAUGAGAUCUCAAACAACUAUUUGGUACGAUGUGGCGAUGAUGAACUUUUCCUGGUUGAGCUAACCUACCCAAUGAUCUCUGAUGAUGUAGUCGAUCCUAAAUUUUAUACAUGUAGAGUGAGUAGGUUAGAUGAGGAAGCUGGUAGAUGGGUCGAGGUCAGAGAUUUGGGAGAUCGUGUGUUUUUUAUUGGAUAUCGAGGAAACUUUUCUUGCUUGGCCAAGGAUCUUUGUGAUGGUCGUGUGAGUGGAAACUCAGUUUUGAUCACGAAUAUGUGUAUGGAUCUUCCUUUCUUCUUUAAAUAUGGACUUCGCAUGGGAAGCGUGGAAGAAGAUCUUGAGAGUUAUUUGAGCGUAUCACUCGAGAACCGCGUGACGAUCGUCUACAACACAUAUCCGGUUUUAGCUCUCCUGGUUCAGUGA